CGCCUCCACCGCGCUGAGCCGUGCCGCGCCGUGCGGAGCCGAGCCGGGCGCAGCCGCCGCCAGCCCCGAGGUUCGCAGCUCGGCGGCGCUCCGCAGAGCCUCGGGCCGGUGCAGGGCACCCCGAGGGGCUGGGCAGGACGGUGCGGGAUGGCACUGUGUCACCCGGGCACCCUGCGCUGAAUCAGAGGCCGUUCUGGAUGAAGGCUGAGGAUGUGCUAUGGAGCUGGGUUUCAACUGCUCUGACCUUUGCAAUGGCCAGCCUGGCUUCAGCGACCAGGAGCAGCAGCAGCAGCGGAUGCUGCAGGAGCUCUGCACUGUCACCAUUACAUCAUCUGACCACAGUGGGAAGAGCUCCCCAUCCUUCUCUGCUGCCCUCCUGGGAGUUGUGUGGACAUUUCUGACUGGAGGAGUCCUGCUUGCGCUUUUCUUCCUUGCCUUCACCAUCCGCUUCAGGAAAAACAGGAUCGUGAAGAUGUCCAGCCCCAAUCUGAAUGUUGUGACCCUGCUGGGCAGUGGCUUGACCUACACUAGUGCUUACCUCUUUGGGAUUCAGGAGCAGAGCCUGUCAUCGGGGAAAUCGGUGGAAAUGCUCAUCCAGUUGCGACUCUGCCUGCUGUGUGUGGGAACCUCCCUGGUGUUUGGGCCCAUCCUGGGGAAGAGCUGGAGGCUUUACAAGGUGUUCACCCAGCGGGUGCCGGACAAGCGGGUGAUUAUCAAAGACCUCCAGCUGCUGGCAAUGGUGGCGGUGUUGGUGUUGGCAGAUGCUGUGCUGCUCUUCACGUGGGUUUUCUCCGACCCGGUCCAGUGCUUCCGGAGCCGCAGUGUCUCAUUGCGGGUCACAGAGAAAGGCAUGACCUGCUCAGUGAGCCGGAUGCAGUCCUGUGCAUCUCUUUAUUCCGAUCUUUGGCUCGUUCUCAUUUUAGGGUUUAAGAGCGUGCUGCUGCUGUAUGGGACGUACCUGGCCGGCCUGACUGACAGCGUCAGCUCUCCGCCAGUCAACCAGUCCCUAACGCUCAUCGUGGGGGUCAACCUCAUCUUCCUGGUGGCCGGCACCGUUGUCUUGAUUCACCGCUUCUUCCGCGCUUGGCACAACUUGCUCUUCGGUUUCACCUCUGGAGGCAUCUUUGUGUGUACGACGACAAUCAACUGCUUCAUCUUUGUCCCCCAGCUCAGGCAGUGGAAGGCCUUUGAAGAAGAAAACCAGACUCUGAGCCACAUGGCAAAAUAUUUCAGCAGCCCGAGCAGGAGCUACCACUCAGUGUACAGUGAGGAGCAGCUCUACCAGCUGAUAGGGGAGAAGAACUCCAUGAAGCAGCUGCUGACAGAGAAAAACGCCAUGAUUGAGAGCCUGCAGGAGCAAGUGAACAACGCCAAGGAGAAGCUGAUGAGGCUGAUGUCAGCAGAGGGUGGCUGCAGCCCUGCAGUGCCAAAUCCCUGCACCCAGAGCACAGGGCAGCAUUGUGAGAAGUGCAGCAGCACUGGGGAUGUGCCAAGGGAGCACUGGCCCCUGGAUACAGAAAAAGAUGGGCAGCAAACUUCAUCUGUGCUGCGUGCACUGCCUCACAGUCCUGUACCUCUUAGCAGCGAUGCUCAGGACCUCUGGAAACAUGUGAGCCACAAGCAUGAACUAAUGGAGGAGCCUGAGUGUUCACCAACACUGUUUUUUGACACGGGAAACAGCCUUGAACGCAGCCCAGAACCUGCCCAGGAGUGUGGAAUGCUUGCUGGGAAGCAUCCUCUGGAGCAGGAUGCCUCAGCUGGUGUGGCUGGAGAGCAUCCCCCGAAGGUCAGCUAUGUAAGCAGUGAGAAGCUGCAGGAAGUCUUGCAGGAGCUCAGCCUGGACAGCAGAACCUGCAGCCCGGCCUUCCCUACACACACAGGCGGGGUGUGUGGGGCACAGGGAGGGCACCCGACCAUCCGCAGCUCCCUCAGCCCCUACCUGACCCGACGGCGGCGACGUGUCCUGCUGCCUCCCACCUCCAUUGGCCUCCCUGCAUCCCCUCGUGCCUGGUGCACAGCGGGCAGCAGGCCGGGCACCCGGAGCCACGGGGAGCCAGCGGGCCUUGGGCCGGCUAGGGAAGGUGAGGGGGCCGGCAGGGGGCUCCCCCAGCCAUCGCUGUCCUCUCCUUCCAUCCCUGCCAAGGGCUGGCCAGGGCCGCGGGGCUGGGCAGUGAGCGGCACAGAACUAGAGGGUUGCCGCAACAUUUCCCUGCAGGACUGGCGGCAGUGGAGUAGCCUGGGGGUGCCGGCACAUCCCAUUCUGCACUCGCUGUACCACUACCCAGACUCGGACUCCAGCAGCAGCUCCGAGGAGGUAUUUCCCUGCUGCCACAGGCCGUGUUGCCAGCUCUGCCUGCAGAGUCCCCGUGGCUCUCUGGGCAGCAGCAGCAGCAGCAGCACAGAGACAGAUACGGAGCCUGGCGGAGCCGUGGGAUGCUGGCUGGAGCCCCAGGGCAAGACUCAGCCUGUUGUGAACUUCAAAGAAGAUCUGAAACCCACGUUUGUGUGACCACAAGCACCCAUGCCUCAAAGGCGAGUGCCUCCUUCCUCCCAAAACGCACCAUGCUAGAGGCAACACAGCAAUGCAGAAGUGCAUCCCUCUGGGAUGGGGAUGGCAGGAGAGCUCACAGCCUGUCCCAUCUCUGAGCCUUGUGGCCCAGGGCAUGUUGGAGGCUCUCUGUUGUUAAGGCUCAGUAGUAUCUGAAUUUAAGCGUGGAGUCCAAAGGUGACACUUCUGGAUGCGUCCCUGUGUUUUGUGUGGCUCGGUUGCAUGGUCAUAGGUUACACUCAGGUCAGCGCUGAAGGGAAGGAGAAACAAACAGCCUUAAAAGAGGAUCUGAAAAGGUCCUUUUUUUUUUUUUUCCCCCCUUUUUUUUUUCCUGGGGCUUCUGUGCCCUGAUGUAUGCCUUUGUGGUGGGUGAAAUAGUCUGGAAUGGUUUAGGUUUGUUUAAAUUAAUGCGGUUUGUUUAAUUUUCAUCUGAGAAAUACCAAGCGCAGUAAAUGUGGUGUUCCUACUUCUGCUGGGAUACGUGUGAAGGCAUUUCAGUGUGUGGCUGCCACCACUGGAGAAAGAAGGAGCACUGAGAGCUGGAGGGUGAACUUUCACCUUUCUGAGGGUGAACCCCCUCACCAUCAUUGCCUUUUCUUCCCUGCUUUUUCCAGAUUUGCUGAAGGUUAUGGCUCGGGAACAAAUCACUGGACCCAAUAAUCACAGAACCAUAGAAUAUCCACAGUGGGAAGGGACUCACAGGGAUCAAGUCCAACUCCUGGCCCCACAUAGCACCAUACAAAAUCCAAUCCCUAUGUUUGAGAGCGAUGUCCAAAACACUCCUUGCACUCUGGCACUCAGGCCAUGCACACCAUGAGACCUCAGCUGCUCCUCACACACUUUACCCUCCAGAACUUUCCACAUUUUCAUAGCCUUCUUUUGGAUGCUCUCUCACAGUUUU